AGCCGUGAUGCUACACCGUGGGCUAGUGCUAACAGGGAUUGGAGAUGUCCUGCUAACCUGCUGGAGUAAACAAAAGUAAUCCUGAAACAUCACUGUUCAUUCACAGCAGGGGAGCUGCAUGUUUACACCACCUCAUGCACACACACCAGCUCUUUACCCGGUUUUAAACAUAGUUUAAGGUGACACGAGGUAUGUUUGGUGCUAACCGGAAGAAGUUUAUGGAGGGAGGGGUAGAGAGUGACUACACGGACGACUCCAGCCUCUACUACACCCAACAGUCCAUGUUCCCUCCACACCGCCCUGACAAAGACAUGCUGGCGUCUUCCUCUGCUUCCUCAACGGGUCAACUGUCACAGCUCGGAGCCAGUUUAUAUGGCCCGCAGAGUGCUCUGGGGUUUCCCAUGCGUGGGAUGAACAGCAGCGCAGCGCCCCAGUUAAGUCGAAGCGGGUUGAACCAGUCUGCCAACCAGCUCCCCAGUCACGCCAGUACACCCAACACUGGCACCAUGCACACACCCCCCUCACCCAGCAGGGGAAUCCUGCCGAUGAGCAGCCGGAGCGUGAUGAACCACAGCCAGCAGGUGGGAGGUCCGACGGGUCAGUCGGGAGGGAUGGGCGGGGUGGGAGUGGAGCGAGGAGGUGGAGGAGGAGUCGGAGGAGGGAGGAGCAGCAGCAUGGGGAGUCCCAGCCGGUCGUCACCGAGCAUCAUCGGGAUGCCCAAACAGCAGCAGGCGAGGCAGCCGUUCACCAUCAACAGUAUGUCAGGGUUUGGUGUCAACAGGAAUCCAGGCUACAACAUGAACAACUCCUUAUCCAACAACAUCUUCAAUGGCACAGACGGCAGUGAGAAUGUGACGGGGUUGGACUUGUCGGACUUCCCAGCGUUAGCGGACCGGAGUCGGAGGGACGGAGGAUCGAAUCCCACCCCGCUGCUCAACCCGCUGGCCGGUCGGGCUCCUUACGUUGGCAUGGUAACCAAGCCGUCCAGUGAGCAGUCGCAGGACUUCUCCAUCCACAACGAAGACUUCCCAGCUCUCCCUGGGCCAAACUACCAAACAAAAGACCCCACCAGCACCAACGAAGACAGCAAAACGCGCUCUCAUGUCCUGACUCGCCCCAUUUUUUCGGCCUGUUUUUUCCCUCCAUUUUUGUCCAACCAGAACCUGAACUCGUCAGGAAAGCCCACCUCGAACUCAGACGGUCCAAAGUUCCCCGGAGACAAGAGCUCAGCGCCUAGCAACAACAACCAGCAGAAGAAAGGGAUCCAGGUUCUCCCCGACGGCCGUGUGACCAACAUCCCCAUCGGCAUGGUAACGGACCAGUUCGGGAUGAUCGGCCUGCUGACGUUCAUCCGGGCGGCGGAGACGGAUCCCGGCAUGGUCCACCUGGCGCUGGGCUCCGACCUCACCACGCUGGGCCUCAACCUCAACUCACCCGAGAAUCUCUAUCCUAAGUUUGCGUCUCCGUGGGCGUCGGCUCCCUGUCGACCGCAGGACAUCGACUUCCACGUCCCCUCAGAGUAUUUAACCAACAUCCACAUAAGGGACAAGUUAGCAGCUAUCAAGUUGUCUCGAUACGGUGAAGAUCUGCUGUUUUAUCUCUACUAUAUGAACGGAGGAGACCUACUACAACUCCUGGCUGCAGUAGAACUGUUUAACAGGGACUGGAGGUACCAUAAAGAGGAGCGGGUCUGGAUCACCCGGGCCCCGGGGAUGGAGCCCACGCUGAAGACCAACGCCUACGAGAGAGGGACCUACUACUUCUUCGACUGCCUCAACUGGAGGAAGGUGGCAAAGGAGUUUCAUCUGGAGUAUGACAAACUAGAAGAGCGACCUCACGUUCCCUCCACAUUCAACUACAAUCCUGCCCAGCAGGCCUUCUGAUUGGCUCUACCUCCUCCUGCCUGCCUGCCAUUGGCCCUCCUGGCUCCUCACCCAUCACCCCCCCUCUAGGUUUACUCCCACCUCCACACACUCAAAGUGAAUCUGGCCAAUCAGGACUCGGGGGCGGGACUAAGGACGUCCUGGCUCCUGCUCUCUGUCCCCAAACAGAAUAAUAGACUCUAUGAUUUUAACUUUUCAGACUUUUUGUUUGUUCUUUACCUCAUUUUCUGUUUUUUUUUUUUUUAUUUUUUUUUAUUUCCCACCCUCCCCUCCCUCCUCCAUGAGUUUGGUUUUGUUGGUCUGUUAUGUGGAGCACAGACUUAAUGUCAACAGACAGCACAGUACAACACACACACACACACACACACACACACACACAGUAAAUAACUGUCCAUCUGAUGCAGUGAUUCAUGUUUCUAUUCAGUCUUAAGAAUUGACUAUUUUUGUCUACAGAAGCUUUUAAGAAGAACCAGAUUUUAAAACACACAACACAGAAUUCAAUCACCUGUCAGGUGGAUAAUUAUUUACACACACACACACACACACACACACACUGUGUCACACACACACCUCUCUCGGAUCUUUGGCAGGAAAAUAUUUAUCAGUUUUCUUCAUUUUUACCAGCAUUACAAAAAAAAAUCAACAACACACACACAGACAAACACACAACAGACAGCGGAGAGUCAGGAGAGGAAAUGCAAUGUACAUUGUAGCACUAUUUCAUAAUAAAAGAAGAAAAAAUAUCUUUUUUUGGUUUGUUGUUAUGUGGCGACGCGUGAAAGCAGCUUUUUGUUUAACGAGGUGAAGUUAGAAACAGAAAAGUCCCUCUGAGUGGGAUGUGUUGGACAUUUUUAUCUGUUUUUAAUCAGCAGAUUCUGAUUUAUUCACCUCUUAAAGGAACAUUCUGCCUUUUUUAUAUAUUUCUCCUAAAGUUGACAAAUCCCCAUGAGCUGAUUUCUUUAUAUAGAAACAGCUGAUACUGAAGUUUUUCAACAUUCAACAACAGUCAAUCAACAUUUGGUGUUUUGAUACCUGAAAAGGUGAAAUAAUCACAGGAAAAAAAUCAACAAAAAUUAUGUUUUUGAUUGUUUUCUAAUUUCUAUUUUUUAUUCAGGCACAAAUUAAUUAAUAAUGGUAAAAUAAAUCUGCAGGUUGCGCGAGAAUUUUAUGAGUUUUUAGGCAGAAAUCUUGAUUUUUUUUUUAUUAUAAUUUUAAAAAGUCGGAAGAAAACAUCAGGUUGCUCCUCUAGAAUUAAGAAGCUAACUUUUUUUUUUUUUUUAUAAUUUAAAAAAAUAUUGUAAAUUAGCUUUGAUAAAAAACAGCAUGUUUUAUUUGAGUCUUUUCAUGGGAUUUAAUGUAAAGAAAUAUGGAAAAACAUCAGACUUAUUUUUUGAAAAUUUAACGGCACAACAACAACACGAUAGCCACAAAUUAUUAGAGUAAUAGAAAUAAAAAAGUGGAUUAUUUUCUAAGCAUUUUGCCACAAUUUAGUCGAUUAAAGUAACAAAGUGACAGAAAUGAAAAAUGUCAACACAUCCCUUUUUCGAGGUUUUCACCAUUUUCUUUUUCAUCUUUGUUUUCUGUUUUUUAUUCCCUCCCUCUGCCAGAGGAAGUCCCUGUUUCUUCUCCUUUUUAAUAUUUUAUUAAGUUUUUCUACUUUAAUAUCACUUCCCCCCUCCACAUUAUUACAAGUCUGUUUUCUGCCCGGCAACAGUCGAACCAAUCAGACAGCUGGAGUGACCUCUCUCAGGAUCAAUGAGGAAAAAGUUUGAGAAAUCUGCUCGUUUUAUUUUCUUGCCGAGUUUUUAUUUGUUCAGAUUGAAAUCAGGCUCACGUCUUUAUUCUAAACAGGAAGCUGGGAGACGUUAGCUUAGCUUAGCUUAGCACGAGGAGGAUUUCUCAUUUUUACACUUUAGUUUUUAUACCGAUUAAACAAAUACGUCUCUGUUUACACUUGGUUUUAAAAUGUGGUAACAGUGUAUUUAUUAGGGACUAUUUUCAGCUGCGGAUGAAUCCACAUUUGGUGCUCUCUGGGUUUAGUUUAUUUGAAUUUUUUGUUAAAUAAUUUCCUAAAAAAUUAGUGCUAAAUGACCAGUAAGACUCGUGAAACCACUGGCCGAGAUGGUCUAGGGCGCAUUUGACCAAAUAUCUUUUGAAGCGUGCACGUUAAUGCAUCUUAGACAAGAACGUAACAGGAAAAUACGUCAUUGGUGCUGUUCGGCUGCCGUUGUUACCAUACUCAGUAUUUUUCUUCUUUUUUUUUUACAAACAAAA